AUGUCCAGCACAACAACCCAGACGAUCACCUCCACGACCCUGUCCGGUGAGCGGGACUCAUCAUACAUUCCCCGAGGUCCCGUUACCACGACAUUAAACUUCUUCCAAGAUCCGUCCGAUGGCGCAAAGCCGUGGAACUAUGUUGAGCCGCAGCCAGAGGGCCAACUCCAGCGUAACUUUGGUGUCAAUGAGGUGGAGCUGCAAGUGAAUGACAUUCGGGGUCACGAGAAGGAUUAUUACUUGGAUAAGGACGCCUUCGAGGUUAUCCAGGGUGUCUCUUCCGAAGAAAAAGACUUUCUCGAUGAUGAACACAUCAAAAAAGUCUACUAUCCUGAGGUUGAAAAACUCUUGCUUGACAACGUCCCCGGUGCGCACAAGGUCACCCUGUUUGACCACACUAUCCGACGUUCGAAUCCAGAUGCCCCCCGAGCUCCUGUAACAAGAGUGCACGUGGAUCAGACCGCUAGAUCGACUGAAUGGCGAGUUAGGCUACACAAUCCCGAAGACGCGGACGCUCUUCUGCAAGGCCGGUUUAGGAUUAUUAAUGUUUGGCGACCUAUCAAUGGACCCGUGCAGGCACAUCCACUUGGGUUUGCAUCGGCUGACACAGUCGAAGAUAAUGACCUCGUUGCAGUUGAGCAUAGAUACCCGCAACGUACCGGUGAAACUGCGGGUGUCAGACACAACAAGAAUCAGAAGUUCUUUUAUCUUUCGGGCAUGCAGAACGACGAGAGUCUGCUCUUAAAGUGUUUUGAUAGCAAGGAUGGGGUCGGACAAAGAGUACCGCACACUGCAUUUGUUGACCCCAGGACCCCUGAGGGUGCCCGGGGAAGAGAGAGCAUCGAGGUGAGAGCUCUUGUUUAUGGUUAA